UGUUCAACAAUGAACGCGCUCUUCUCGCGAAGUUUGCUUGGUGAUGCGUUGCAGUACUUUUUCUUCACACGCUCUGUUUCUCUCUCUCUCUCUAUCUCUAUCUCUCCCUGAUCGAGAGUAAACCCUAGAUAGAAUGAGAAGAAGGUCCAUACCGGAGCUGGAUUGUUGGUACUGAAGAAUUGGGAGCUGCUGCAGAGAGAUUUGUUGCUGCUGUCUGAAGAAGUCAUGACGGGCAGAGGGUCAUCGGGAAGGACGCCGACGUGGAAGGAAAGGGAGAAUAAUAAGAGGAGGGAGAGGCGUCGGAGGGCCAUUGCUGCUAAGAUCUACACUGGUCUUAGAGCUCAGGGGAACUAUAAGCUUCCUAAGCACUGUGACAACAACGAGGUCCUGAAAGCACUCUGUAACGAGGCUGGUUGGGUGGUUGAAGAAGAUGGCACCACCUAUCGCAAGGGAAGCAAGCCACCUCCGAUUGAUAUUGGCACUUCUGCAAACAUGAGUGCCUGUUCCUCUCUUCAACCAAGCCCACAAUCUUCCUGCUUCCCGAGUCCUGUACCAUCCUACCAUGCCAGUCCUUCCUCGUCCUCUUUUCCCAGCCCAACUCGAUUUGAUGGGAAUCCAUCUUCUUAUCUUCUGCCAUUCCUUCAAAAUAUAUCCUCUAUACCUGCUAAUCUCCCUCCUCUCAGAAUAUCAAACAGUGCACCUGUCACGCCGCCUCUCUCUUCCCCGACGUCAAGGGGUUCUAAGCGAAAACCAGACUGGGAGUCCAUUCCAAAUAGCUAUGUAACCUCUUUCCGCCAUCCAUUCUUUGCUGUAUCUGCUCCUUCAAGUCCAACAAGAUGCCACCAUCUUACACCGGCUACAAUCCCAGAAUGUGACGAGUCGGACGCUUCAACUGUGGACUCUGGUCGCUGGGUCAGCUUCCAGACUGUGGCACCUUCCGUGGCUCCUCCUUCCCCUACGUUUAAUCUGAUGAAACCAGUUAGUCAGCAAAACUCUCUCCAUGAUGCAGUUGACAGACAUGGAGCAAUGGGCUGGGGUGCUACCUCUGAUAGGGGACGAGGCUCCGAGUUUGAAUUUGAGAAAUUUGAGAGUGGCGCAGUGAAGGCGUGGGAGGGUGAGAGAAUUCAUGAAGUUGGGGUGGACGACUUGGAGCUUACUCUUGGGGGUGGGAAGGCCCGUUGUUAAGCAUCCACACGAAGAUAUUUAUUUCAAGAACUGAAGUGCCUGCUCUUUAAAGAUUAUUGGUUUAUGUUCACAAAAUAUGUUUACUUUCAUUGCUUGGACUUGCACUUAUGCUACCAUUAGAAAGACCCUGGUUCGCCUUCUCGCAAAAAUCUGAACUUGUUACUACAGCUUGUAGUGGAAGAGCAAUCAAAAUUUGAGUCGAGGCCCAGGAAAGGACAUCAUUCGCUACUGGAAAAUGAGAAGAACAAUGCAAUUGUGAUGGUUAUAUAUUUUUCCUUCCCUCUCAGAGUGCUUUCAAUUUUUUUUCAGGAUCGCAUGGUCCUUAGAGUAGAGAUUGCUCACCUGUAUCAGACAUUUCUUGUAUAUAGAAUCUGUAAUUCAUCUUGCUUGGGGCAUUAUUGAUAAAAA